UUGUUUGGGUCUACGCAGUACCCGUAGUUGCAUCUGGUCAAUGCGGAAGCUGCUCUGAAAGGAUACAGCUCGAACGGCUGUUACUGUUUUUAUUCGCAACUACAGCCACACAUUAAUAUAGACGCGUUUUAAUUCAUGGCGACAACGUGGCUUUUGUAAUAACGUAUGUCGUUUGAUAGUGCGUCCAUGUCAAAUAGCAUGUUAUGGCUUUAAAUCUUCUCUAUUUUGGUAAACUGAGCAGCGAGCGUAGCGUCGGGCGCUAGCUAGCUAGUUAUCCUACAACCUUUUUUUUUUAAAGUGUCCCGCCGACCGGCAAAAUGAAAGUGCGCUCGUCUAUUUUCGCCUCGUUCAUAUUAAUACUUGAAGUGGUCGGCGUGGCCCUCUUCCUGCGGGGAUUUUUCCCAGUACCACUCAAGUCUUCCCUCUCCUCCAAGAGCAAGCUGUCCGAUCUGCCUGCGGAGCCGCUGGCAGGAAGCUCUCCCAACUCCUCUCGCCUCCCCCAGCCCCUUUUUAAAAGAGUGGUAAUAAUGCUGGUGGAUGCCCUGCGGGAGGACUUCGUGUUUGGACCCAACGGACGCAGGUACAUGCCCUACACGAGGCACCUGGUGGAGAGAGGCUCCUCCCACAGCUUUGUGGCCAAGGCCAGACCCCCCACGGUCACCAUGCCCAGGAUCAAGGCUCUCACCACCGGCACCAUCCCAGGCUUCAUCGACGUGGUGAUGAACCUGAACUCUCCGGCGCUGCUGGAGGACAACCUGGUCUGGCAGGCCAAGGCGGCGGGGAAGAGGAUGGUGUUCUAUGGAGACGACACCUGGGUGCGCCUCUUCCCCAAGCACUUCAUGGAGCACGACGGCACCACCUCCUUCUUUGUGUCCGACUACACCGAGGUCGACAACAAUGUGACCCGCCACUUGGACAGCACCCUCAAGAGGGACGACUGGGACAUUCUGAUCCUGCACUACCUGGGCCUGGACCACAUCGGUCACAUCAGCGGCCCCCACAGCUCCCUCAUCCAGCCCAAACUGCUGGAGAUGGAUGACGUCCUGAAGAAGAUUCACGGCGCCCUCGUCUCAAAGGAGGCGGAGGGAUCCUUGCCCUACCUGCUGGUGCUGUGUGGGGACCACGGCAUGUCGGAGACCGGCAGCCACGGCGGCUCCUCCGAGCCAGAGGUCAACACGCCCCUGGUGCUCAUAAGUCCGGCCUUCAAAAGAAAAGUGGGAAUGGAGAAGCCCGAAGUGGUGGAGCAGGUCGACCUGACUCCAACGCUGGCCCUGGGACUCGGCCUGCCCAUAUCUCAGAACAGCGUGGGGCGCGUCAUCCCGGGAGUCUUGGAGGAGACCUCUCUCCGAGACCAGCUGCGCUUCCUGCAUCUCAAUGGCCACCAGCUCAGCUGCCUCCUCAAAGACAGCACGCCCGACUACGAGAAAGAGUCCGGCUUUGAGCAGUUCCGCGUGGCAGAAAGGGCCCACGGCAGCUGGAUGAAGCUCUUUCUGGAGGGCAACACCUCGGAGGUGCUCAACAACAUGGGCAGAAAGGUCCUGAAGCAGUACCUGGAGGCCCUGGCCUCCAUGAGCUCGGCCCUGAGCAAGCAGCUGGGAAAGUACGACAUGUACUCCAUGGUCGCAGGCACGGUCUUUGUGUUCCAGCUCCUGCUGGUCCUGCUGCUGGCUAUGCCCGAGGCCCUGAGUGGCGAGGCGACCGUGGACCUUCCUGUCCUGUCGGCGCUGCUCUCCUUGCCCUUCUACCUCAUGUGCCUGCUGCUUGCCUCGGUGCACGUCCUGGUGUGCACCUCCGCCGAGAGCUCCUGUUACUUCUGCAGCCUCUCUUGGGGGCUCGUGUUCGCCGCCGUCGCCUUCUCCUCUGCGAUGUUUUGCAUUCUGAUCUCCAUGGCAAUGCGGCGACUCCCCCUGGGGCCGCUCAUUCACGGAAAGUCUCCCCUGAGGAGCAGCGAGUGGUCCCUGUCGGAGCUGGACGUGCUGCUGCUGGCCGGCACAGUGGGACACACCCUCAGCCUGGCGGCGAGCAGCUUCGUGGAGGAAGAGCACCAGAUCUGGUACUUCCUGCUCAACACCCUCUGCCUCGCCGUCUUCCAAGACGUGUGCCGCAAGUACUUCAGAGAGCAGAGCGCCUCUGGGGACGAGGAGGAGCCCGUCCUGCCUGCCAAAGACUGCCAUCUCUCUGCUCGCCGCAGGGCGGAGGUCGUCCCGGAGAGGUGGCUGGCGUUAGCCACGCCUCCUUUCACGCUGCUCUGCUGCCGACUGCUGCGCUCCCUCAACCAGACCGGGGUGCAGUGGGCUCACCUCCCCGACGUGGGACAUUGGCUGAACAGCGCCGAACACAGGACGCUGCUCUCCCUGCUGGCCGCCUUCUGCCUCCUCCUCAUCUACUUCCUGGUUCAAAGACGCUGCUCGUGGGUCUCCAAGGUCGCCCUCGCCCUCGGCCUCCUGGGUGUCUACAGCUAUCGGGCAGCGGUUGGCAAUGUGGGGUUUCCAUGGCAACGCUCGGGUCGUGCCACGUCCAAGGGAACAGUGGAGGCGCGCUUUGUCUACGUCUUCAUCCUGGGCAUCCUCUUCACCGGCACCAAAGACCUGCUGCGGUCGCAGAUCGUCACAGCCGACGCCAAGCUGAAGAGCAGGGGCUUAUGGGAGAUUUACAGCGGCUUGGUCUUGUUGGUUUCGCUGCUGUUUCGCGCUCACAACCUGCCGGUCCUGUGCUGCUGCCUGUUGAUCCAGACCUUGAUGGCUCAGUUCAUCUGGAAGAGGCUCCACUACGACGCGGCCCAAACCACCAUCAUGCACUACUGGUUUGGUCAGGCCUUCUUUUACUUUCAGGGCAAUUCUAACAACAUCGCCACCGUCGACAUCUCCGUCGGCUUUGUGGGGCUGGAGAGCUACGUGGAGGCUCCUGCCGUCUUCCUGACGGCGCUCAGCACCUACGCCGGGCCGCUGCUCUGGGCCUGUCACCUCGUCUGCUACCUCAGCUCGGAGAGAGGCCGCAGGAGCCCGGUUGCGGUCGGCCAUGGCUGCUACUGCUUGGCCCUGCUGCGCUCGGUGCCAGCUGCCGCCUACAUCGUGCUGGUGACGGCUCUGCGGUACCAUCUCUUCAUAUGGAGCGUCUUUUCACCCAAACUGCUGUACGAGUCCAUGCACCUGCUGCUAACCGCGGGAGUCUGUCUCUUCUUCAUCGCCAUGGAGCAGAGCCCCGGGUCCAGUAAGUCGUAAGGGGGGGAGGGGGGGCACAAAGACGCCGAGCCUCCCUGAGUCCCUCGGUACACACCCCGUCAGUGUGAGACGCUUAUGACUGAUACACGGCGCCAUACGCUUUCCCUCGCUCGUAGAAUGUGCUGCUCGACGAAGGCUCCCCUCCUUUGCACUCUGUAGGUUUGGUCUGCAGCAAAUACCGUGAGAAUGCACUUAAAAUGUAUUUUGGAGCAGUCUAUUUAAAUAUGAAAUCAUUUCCAAGGAAAACAAAUGUUUUGGGAUUGAAUAUAAGAGAAAAUACAAAGAAAGACGUUUUUUUACGUACACAUACAGCACAUUGCCUCAGGGACCUCUGUGCAGAGGUGUUAGCUACAUGUCGAAUUCAUUUUUGGGAAACGUCAAAUGUUCACAUGGAGCAGGGUGUGGAUUAAAGAACAUCAACAUUUCAUCUAUACAACAAUGAAGAAAGACUAAAAUCGCACCGUCAAAAUCGCGUCAGCCACCACAAUCUGCAAAUGUGUUCACGGAGUUCAAUACCACGGGUUUUUCUCUUUUUUUUCUCUUCAGAACCUUUUUAUUGAGGUGAUGAAAAAUCUAUGUUUCCUUUUUCCUUAUGAUGUAUUACCAGCUGUUUCCUGUGUGUGUGUGUGUGUGUGUGUCUCAUGAUGGUUGGAUGUGGUCCUGGAGACACUCCCACAGAAGACGUUUGUUCUUCCAGGAGUUUAUGCGUCCUGUUGCGAUCCCACUGCGAGGCGGCCCCUCGUCAUUUUCCCCAGCUCUAACUGAGAUUUUAUUUAUUCAGUAGCAAUUUCAGUGUCUUUGCAAGCCUUUCCUUAUGCAGUGUAAUGUCAUCUAGAGGUUGGAGCCCAUCAGGAGCACCAGACACACAGUUUAUUUGCUUGUUUCUACACUCAAAGCUUAUCUGGGUGGACCUCAAUAAUUUGCCUGUAGUUAUGUUAGAAAUCAGUGAAGAGCUGCAUGUAGGAAACACUAACAUGAAACUGGCCAGUGUUGAACCACGGCCAUAAAUAAAUGAACAAAUUCAUUUUCCCCACACUGCUCAGUGGAAAAUGCAUGUUUUACAUGAUCGGACAACACAAGUCAUUGUGGUUCGACAAUGGUCCAAGUUCUGCUGCACGAACAUAAUUCCCUGUUUUACUUUCCCUCAUGCAGCGGAAACCUUUUUGUCUAUGCAUUACCAUGUGGACGUAGAGGUCAUACACCUCACUGCAGACUUGGAAACUUCUCUCACCAAAGUAAAGCUGGCUGGCUGUCAUCCAAACCAAGCGUGUGUUGCUGCUCAGGUACCAAUACACACUGCAGUACAGGAUAGUGUUGCUUGGCCUCUAUUUUGAAAGUCAAAUAAGGACAUUGCAAAAAGCUGGGGUACCUGUCAAUGCAAGUCUCCAGGACGUCAUGAUCACAACUGCUUCUUUGAAAUACUGUUUAUUCACGUAAUUUGUUUCAUAAAUCCACAGUCUUUUAUUGCAGUGGGGCAUUACAAAAUAAAGGCAAAGCCCUCCAUCCCAGUAGUAGUUGUGCUGCGUUGUGGGGGACUGGGUCUACUUCACAGGCCCCUACUGAUAUUGACCUGGCCAUUCUUUCGUCAUUACCCUUGGAGGGGGAAAAAAAUAUUUGAAAGAUUUUACUCUAACUUUUCAUCCCCACGGCAAAAAAAAGGGAAUGGUAAAAAUCUUGCCCCAACACUUGUCACUCAGCUUGAUGAACUGUCUACCUUGAUACCGCGUCUCGCCCCAGGCCAAGUUCCCCGACUUCCCCCCGAGGUGUCGUAGAAGCAGGUGCCGAGCCGAGGAAGGAAAGGUUUUUUUUUUUUUUUUUAAAUAAGAAAAAGCAAUGCCGACGAACAGAUACAUCUGAUGUGAGACGAGCUCCGCCUCUACCUACAGAAAGGGGAAUUUGAAUGUCCCAACCAGAGCCUUUUCUAGCGUCGUCAGGCGCCUUUGCUUCUCUUCGGGCUGAAUGACGAGCCGCUCACGGAGACAAAGUGGGAUGCAAGUAGUUUAAAGUAAUAAUCUGUCUGUUUCCGAUGCUUCUCAUCACAAUGUCUGCGAGUCCUUUAACGAGUGUUUAAGCCACAGAAUAGCGUCGCCGUGGAGACGACGAGGUACGGUGCCGUCAUCUUCUCAGAUCUCUCAGAGGGAGAAGUCUGUGAUGUCGGCGCUGUCUAUUUGUUAUAGUGCUGAAGAGGAAGUGUUGGACAGAGACUCAUCCCUCUGCUUCUCAUCAGUCACAUUGCACUAAAAGGGAGACCUGUGACACCACUUUGGUUCCGUUGGGUUUGAGGAACUCCUGAAGUCCUUUUGGACUCUGAGUUGAUAUCAUUACUGGGAUUGUUUGUCUUGGCGUUGACAGCAGCCAGCAAUUUCAUUUGUUGUUGGGUUUUUUUGGUGCUUUCUGCUGAUGAAGUUUGGAUCUACAAGCAGUGGGGGGGUGGGGGGGGGGUCUUCGUUUUUGUUCUUUUUACAUUUAUUUUUGGGGUCUAUUAAUUCCAAACAAAAACCUUCUUGAAAUACCUUCUUUCACAACGAGUUAUUGGGGCUGGUUUACUUUUUCUUCCUUGUGGACCUGUGUGUAGAACAUGACUGCACCAGUGCAAGAAGACGCCUCAUAGCAGCUUCGCACCAAUCUGACGGGACGACACUUUCCAUGUGGAAUCACUCCUCUGUAUCCAAAUACCUACCGGCCCAUGAAAUGGAUCAGAAUAAUUGAAGUGUCCACACGGUUGGAAGCAUUUUGCAGAUGAGCGAGCAAAGCUGUGGGGACUAUUUGAGUGUUGUUUCUGAACCUCCUUCUUUGUAGGAAUGAGUUCACAGAUUAUUUUCCAACUGUCAAACUGUUAUUCUAGUAACAACUUGUUUUGAAUGUAGUUGAAACUGUGAAAUCCAUCUUGUGUGUCUUUAUUUCUGUGGGUCUUGUCUGCUCUUAAGCUGAAUUCUGUUCCUUUUUUACUUUCGUCUGAUUUCUGUAUGUUCUAACUGUUGUUUGUCCAACAAAUAUAAAAUCAUGAAGUGAUAAUGAUUUUCUUAUAACUUCUUGCAUUAUUUAUAUCCUUGCUAAUUGAAUAAAGGAUUUACAACA